CGGGUCCGGAGAGCGAGGGCGUGGCCGCCCACACAGCCCCGCCCCACGGGCUCAUUUACAUGCGUCCUCAGCCCCGCCCGGGGCUGCUAAAGCGACGUGUCCUUGUCCCCCGUGGGCAGCCUCUGCGUGUGCAGCCGCGGAUCCCCAGUUCUGACGACCUCUGCUCCCAGCCGCCACCUUCCGGGACAACCAGUUCUGACCAUGAAGACCAAAACCCGGCCCCCCCGGCGCCGGGCCCCUCUGCAGGACUCCGAGGCCACUGCAGCAGAGCAGACCCCCGACAGGCCCCAGCCUGGCUGCGGGUCAGAGCUGGCCAAGGGUCUGCGGAGCAGGACGUCCAGGGCGGCAGGGACACGGGCCGAGGGUGGGCGCCGGCGACAGGGGCCGGGCAGCCGGCGAGAGAACAGCAUCCAGCGGCGGCUGGAGAGCAACGAGCGGGAGCGGCAGCGGAUGCACAAGCUCAACAACGCCUUCCAGGCCCUUCGAGAGGUCAUCCCGCACGUGCGCGCUGACAAGAAGCUCUCCAAGAUCGAGACGCUCACGCUGGCCAAGAACUACAUCAAGUCGCUGACCUCCACCAUCCUGACCAUGUCCAGCAACUGCCUCCCGGGCCUGGAGGGACCAGAGCCUGCGCCGGGGCCCAAGCUUUACCAGCACUACCACCAGCAGCAGCAGCAGCAGCAGCAGCAUGUGGCCGGGGUCCCACUAGGGACCACAGAGGUCCAGCCCCAGGGCCACCUGCAGCGGUACUCCACACAGAUCCACAGCUUCCGAGAGGGCAGCUAGCACCCAGACUGAGGCGGGGUGGCAGUGGUGGCCCGGCCUGCUCCUCCCAGCCCUCGUCCCUCCGAGCCUCAAGCCCCAGACCUGUGAUGACGUCAACUCUAGGAGGUUGUGGCCCCCGCAGCUCGUUUUCCGUGAAACUCAGCUCAGCCACUUCCCUGGAGCAGUUUUUUUCCCAGCCCCUCAGGGGACAAGCAACUUGUCUGGUUGUUUCCGGGCCAUGACCCUGAGCAUCAUAAGGCCCCAAAGCCCCAGGAAGGUUCCAGGCCCUGCUUGCUCUUUUUGCAUUGAGCUGGUGGCCUCAUGAAGAGUGGAAAAGGCCCUCUUGCCUUUUCCAUCACUAAAUUCUCUUCCCCAUGCGUGACUUCCCUCUGGGCAAGGAGGAUUCCAGAAGAUGGUUUACUUACAGAUUUCCCUGAGGCCAAGCAGGGGAAGGGACCCAUCUGUAGGCUUCAUCAUAGGCCUAGGUGGAGUCUGGGGCUCAGCCCUCUGAUUUGGGUAAAAUAAGGCCUGGGGCCAGCAGGGCAGAAUACAAGACCCUUCUAGGAAUAUGGCAGAACAAAAAUGGCAGCUUUUUGAGCAGAAUGCUAAUCAGAGAUGCUAAUCAGAGGACCCUACAUUCGUUCUAAAGGGACCUGGGGCAGGGCUUCCUCCCUAGACCCUACUGGGGGAUUUCUGGAGAGUGGGUAGCACCCUGUGCUGUGCUUGACUGUGGGGGUCUCCGUGGGCCCCCAGUGCUGAGUAGGAGCUCUCCUGAGCUUCUGUGCAGGGGGAGGGUUUGGGACUUCCUGCACCGCGAAGCCUGGGGUGGCAGGAGCUUCCCUCCCCCACCCGGCACUGCUCCUGAUGGCAGGGAUUGGGUGGCUUGGCAGCCCCGCUGCCUCGGGCCCAGCUUCCUUCUGUUGGGGCGUUCCUGCCCCACUGGCUCUGCUGGACUAGGCCACUUUGCUGUCAACCCUGCUGGCCUCUCAUCUCCUUUGUACCUCUGCAAGAGCUAUCCUAGAGACACUGAGGACCUGGGCAGUGGGGCCUAGUUGGACCAGGAGCUUGGCUGCCACAGCCAAGGCUGAGACUUCUGCUGGCCUACCUCCCAUGCAUGGCCUUGCCUUCCCCAGGCUUGGGCGGUGUAGCGCUACCUGUGGGCUUGGGGUCAGCUGUGGCCACAUGAAGGCUAGCAGGUGGCACCCGAAGGAACAGGCAUUUCCACUUCGGUCCUAACUCCCAGCCAGGCGCUCUGAAAGGACACCCUGGGUACACCGGUCUCCCUGUCUCAAGGAACAGAUCGUGUGGCCUUCCCUGUAGGCCUGGGGGCCUGGUCUGAUCCCACUGCUCCAACUGUCCGUCACGGGUCAGGUGGGGAUGUAGCCCUUCCCAUCUGUCCCUUGGGGAUGGCCACUGGGAAAAGCCCAUCAGGGGAUCCACCAGUGUGAGCUGAGGUUGGACACAACUGCAAGCUUGAGACAGCCCCAGCCCAGGCAUCUCCUGCUACAGGGACCUGUAGCCCAGAGGUACCCUGAGAGGAGAGAGGCCUCCACUGGAAGCUAAGACCAGAGCCAGGCUCAACUUGCCCCUGGACUUGAUGGACACACUUAUGAUCUGAGCCCAGCAUACAGGCUGCAGGGGUGUGGCCCUCAACAUCCUCCUGAGAACUGGCCACAGCCAGGGGUUGCUGGGGUCAGCCACAUUGCAAAGGAUUCUCAAAUGCCUCAGUCCCUCUUCGGGGUGUCAAAUGUUGGAGGGAAGAUAGGAGCAGAUUGGUGGUCGGUCAGCAUGGCCUGUGGUUUGGUCUCCCUCGGCCCCUAGCCCGGGCUGGACGCUUUCAUCCUGUGGGAGGUCCUGUUGGGCCAUCAGGGUUAAACUUUCUCAAAGCCCUGGGCAAGCAGUUGGUGCUGGGGUCCCCUGAGCUAUUGGCCCACCACCCUCUCUACAAGUGGAAAAGCCAGAACUGUGACUUUUCUGUCCAGGAAAAUUAAACUGGAACUGAGCAACCUGUACCCUGCUGUCAUUGUGGUGAAGAUGUCUCUUAACUGACCCAAAUUUGCUUUCAUUUUUUUCUAACAGUACCUUCAAAGUAUGAAUGAAAUUGAUGCCUUGUCAUACAACAAAAAUAAAAGAUUUGAGGGCAAUUCCUCUGGCCACAUGCAUAAAUGCAUGGGAACUGUACAUUUCAAUCAAAGUGUAUCAAUAAAACGAUGCUGCCAUUUA